GAGAAAAACGGGUCAACCUGAAACCCGAAUUGUGGGAAUCACACGCCUUUCAUUUCAUUUCAGUGCAAACUCGAAAUCUGUCGCCACUCUUUCUCAGCUCCAACAAAGAAGCUAAGAGAUCUCACCGUACUGGAAAAAUGGGAUUAGGGUUGUUAGCUUCAAGAACCCUUAAGACCUCCAGGGUUCUCUCUUCUCAGUACUCUCGAUUCCGACCCAUCGUCACCAAACCUGGCCUCCAAUCCCCCGAUGCAUCAGCUGCCGCACCAGCAACGCAGCCGGAGCCCACUCCGCCUCCGCCUAAGAAACCUGUGGGCGGUGCCCGGGUCCACUUCACCAACCCAGAUGAUGCUCUCGAGGUGUUCGUUGAUGGAUACCCUGUGAAAAUCCCUAAGGGCAUGACUGUUCUUCAGGCCUGCGAGAUCGCUGGAGUUGACAUUCCUAGGUUUUGUUAUCAUAGCCGACUUUCGAUCGCGGGAAACUGCCGUAUGUGCCUUGUUGAGGUUGAAAAAUCCCCCAAGCCCGUCGCCUCUUGCGCCAUGCCUGCCCUUCCUGGAAUGAAGAUUAAGACAGAUACGCCAUUGGCAAAGAAGGCACGGGAAGGAGUGAUGGAGUUUUUGCUGAUGAACCAUCCACUGGAUUGUCCAAUUUGUGAUCAGGGUGGAGAAUGUGAUCUCCAGGAUCAGUCUAUGGCAUUUGGAUCUGAUCGUGGCCGUUUUACUGAAAUGAAGAGAUCUGUUGUUGACAAGAAUCUUGGUCCUUUGGUGAAGACUGUCAUGACUCGGUGCAUUCAGUGUACUAGGUGUGUCAGGUUUGCAACAGAAGUUGCUGGGGUUCAGGAUCUUGGCAUGUUGGGUCGUGGUAGUGGAGAAGAAAUUGGGACUUACGUUGAAAAGCUUAUGACAAGUGAGCUUUCUGGAAAUGUAAUUGAUAUUUGCCCUGUUGGAGCUCUUACCUCUAAACCCUUUGCAUUUAAGGCCCGAAACUGGGAGUUGAAAGGAACAGAGACCAUUGAUGUGACCGAUGCAGUUGGAUCCAACAUUCGAAUUGAUAGCAGAGGUCCGGAGGUUAUGCGUAUCCUUCCGCGUUUAAAUGAGGAUAUAAAUGAAGAAUGGAUAUCAGAUAAGACUCGUUUCUGUUAUGAUGGGUUGAAGAGACAGAGGCUAAAUGACCCCAUGAUUCGUGAUGCUAAUGGACGCUUUAAGGCUGUGAGCUGGCGUGAUGCAUUGGCUGUUGUUGCUGAGGUUGCCCUUCAGGUUAAACCAGAGGAAAUUGUUGGGAUUGCCGGUAAGCUUUCCGAUGCUGAAUCCAUGAUGGCACUGAAAGAUUUGUUAAACAACAUGGGAUCAAACAAUGUUUGGUGCGAAGGAACUGGCAUAAGCCCUAAUGCUGAUCUAAGAUAUAGAUAUCUCAUGAAUAGCAGUAUUGCUGGGCUUGAGAAGGCUGACAUAUUCCUUUUGGUUGGUACCCAGCCAAGGGUUGAAGCUGCUAUGGUAAAUGCUAGAAUUCGUAAAACAGUUCGAGCAUCAAAUGCUAAAGUUGCCUAUAUUGGUCCGCCAACCGAAUUCAACUAUGAUUGCCAGCAUCUUGGUACUGGCCCACAAACACUUAUAGAAAUUGCUGAGGGUCGUCAUUCUUUUUGCUCGGCCAUCUCAAAUGCCAAAAACCCAGCCAUCAUUGUUGGUGCUGGCCUGUUUGAGAGGGACGACAAAGAUGCAAUUUUUGCUGCUGUUGAAGCCAUUGCGAAGAAUGGAAAUGUCAUCAGACCUGACUGGAAUGGAUUCAAUGUUUUACUUCUCAAUGCGGCCCAGGCUGCAGCCCUCGACCUUGGACUUGUACCAGAAUCCAGCAACAGCAUUGAGUCCGCGAAAUUCUUGUAUUUAAUGGGUGCUGAUGAUGUGAACUUGGACAAAGUUCCAGCGGAUGCUUUUGUAGUGUAUCAGGGGCACCAUGGGGACCAAAGCGUCUAUCGUGCCAAUGUAAUUCUUCCUUCAGCAGCAUUCAGUGAGAAGGAGGGUACAUAUGAAAAUACAGAAGGGUGCUCUCAGCAAACAUUGCCUGCAGUCCCUACAGUGGGUGAUGCUAGGGAUGAUUGGAAGAUUAUUCGAGCACUCUCUGAGGUUGCAGGAAUUCGUUUACAUUAUGAUACGUUAGGAGCCAUACGAUCCAGGAUGAGGACUGUGGCACCAAACCUACUCAACACAGAUGAGAUAGAGCCAGCUGCUUUUGGACCUUCAUUGAGUCCGGACUGUAGUCAGAAGAUAAGCUCGACACCGUUCAAGGCUGCUGUUGAGAAUUUCUACAUGACUGAUUCGAUUACCAGGGCAUCAAAGAUAAUGGCACAAUGCAGCGCUAUGCUACUAAAGAAGUGAGUGAUAGGAUUCAGGUAUUAAUAAACAUUUGAGGUUCACUUGUUUUUUUGGUUCAUUUCUGUCAUGCCUUAAGCAGUGUACUGGCUUAACUUCUUGAACAGUGACAGUAUGUGAAUAAAGGAAACUAAGGUCCUUGGCGUUUUGCUUUAAA